UUGGUGCUGGUCCCAGUAAGGGUUAGGGCUGGUCCCAGUAAGGGUUAGGGCUGGUCCCGGUAAGGGUUAGUGCCGAUCCCAAUAAGGGGGAGCGCUGGUCCCAGCCCAGGUUAGUGCCGGUCCCAGCCCAGGUUAGUGCCGGUCCCAGCCUGGGUUAGUGCUGGUCCCAGCCUGGGUUGGUGCCGGUCCCAGUAAGGACUAGGGCUGGUCCCAGUAAGGGUUAGUGCCGGUCCCAGCCCGGCAUGGAGCGAGAGCCCGGCCUGGGCACAGUCCGCCCCUGCCCGUGAUGUGGGCACAGCACGGGGCUGCUGCGUUCCGGCUCCUGUCUCUCCCCGGAGGGUCUCGGAACAGCCACCCUUAGGCUGUCAUGGAAUUAAAGAAAACUACCUCCGGGGCGUGCAAUGCUGCUCUCCUGCUGCCACUUUUCCUCUUGUUCUGGGGAACUUCAUACUCAGAAAAUGACAGUGGCUGUUCCUCAUCCCCCUGUGAGAACGGUGGGAGCUGUCAGGAUCUGGAAGAGGGUUACCAGUGCACCUGCCCCGUGGAGCCUGUAGCCUACGUGGGCAGAAAUUGUGAACUCCUGUAUGAUGCUUGCACCAAACAUGACUGUCCUGCCCACAUGAGCUGCACCCCGACUCCGGGGCUCCUGGAGUACACGUGUGUGUGUGAGCCCGGGCCCACAGGUACCGCCUGUGACCACACCGACCAGUGUGAGAGCAGCCCUUGCACUGACCCCCGGUGGGAAUGCGUGGACAGAGACAACGGGUACAGCUGUCGAUGCCAACCGGGACCGAGCGGGGCAGGCUGCCACCCCGAGAGCGCCCAGUGCUCCAGCCAGCCCUGCCUCAACAACGGCACGUGUAUCGAGGGCACGGGGGGCUUCUCCUGCCUCUGCCCGCCCGGCUUCACCGGGGCCACCUGCGAGCACGACGUGGACGAGUGCGCCUCGGGGCCCUGCCGCAACGGCGCGAUCUGCAGGGACGGCCCGGGCGAGUACAGCUGCUUCUGCGUGCCCGGCUACCAGGGCUACCGCUGCGAGAUCGACAUCGACGAGUGCGCGUCCCGGCCCUGCCGCCACAACGCCACCUGCCUCAACCACAUGGACCACUACGAGUGCCGCUGCCCGCCCGGCUACACCGGGGUGAACUGUGAGGCUGAAAUAGAUGAAUGUGCUUCGGAGCCCUGCCAGAACGGGGCCCUGUGCAGUGACCACAUCGGGUUCUACACCUGCACCUGUGCUCCAGGGUACCAGGGAAUGCACUGUGAGGUGGACGUGGAUGAGUGUGAGAGCCAGCCCUGCCAGCACAACGGCACCUGCCAGGACCUUGUGAACAGGUACCACUGUGACUGCAGUGACACAGGCUUCGAGGGGGACCACUGUGAGCUGGACAUCCUGGAGUGUGCCUCCAACCCCUGCCUCAACAGUGCCACGUGCCUGGAGGGCAUCAACCACUACAGCUGUGCCUGCUGGCCAGGUUACACGGGGCAGGACUGUGAGGAGGAUGUGGAUGAGUGUGAGACAGAGCCCUGUCACAACGGGGGCGAGUGCCUGGAGCUCUCCAACCCAGCCUACUACGGGACACAGCCCGACUUCCCCAGCACCUUCAGCCCCAGCCAGGCCGCGGGGUUCCUGUGCCGCUGCCAGCCAGGCUUCACAGGGGAGACCUGCUUUACCAACAUGGAUGAGUGUGAAUCCCAGCCCUGCCAGAAUGGAGGGCUCUGCCAGGACCUUGUGAACGGCUUCCUCUGUCACUGCCUGCCUGGUUAUUCAGGUGUGGAAUGUGCUGUGAACAUCAAUGAGUGUGAGGAGGGGCCCUGCAAGAACGGAGCUGUCUGUGAGGAUGGCAUUGCUGACUAUUUCUGCCACUGUGCCCCUGGCCAGGAUGGCACUGUCUGGGGAGGGAAGAACUGCUCUGUGAAGCUCACUGGGUGCCAGACCCACGACUGCCAAAACGAGGCCUUGUGCAUCCCCACCUACCAAGCCGAGAGCCACGGCCACCUGUGCCAGUGCCAGCCUGGCUUCUCUGAUGCCACGUGCUCGACACCAACGACGUUUUCCUUUGCUUCCAGAGGGUAUCUCCUCGUUGAGCUGCCCGGGGGCAAUGAGAGCGGGAGGGCGGCAGGAGGAGAGCGGCUGCCCAGCGUGUCCCUGCGUUUCCGCACCACCCUGCCCAGCGCUGUGCUCUUUUACCGGGGCCACGGAGCAGAGUUCCUGUUCCUGGAGCUCUGGGAGGGUGUUCUGCACGCAGAGCUGAAGAGGGAGGAUGUGGGGUACCCACUGCUCCUGCAGGGGCCCAGAGUGGAUGAUGGCCAGUGGCACAAGGUGGAGGUCGUGGUGCACAGCGCCAUGGAGCUGAGGCUCUGGCAUGACUCUUGUGAGGCAGGGGUGUGCCUGCAGAGCGCCCCUGUCCCGCCUGGCACUGCCCGGAGCCCACGGGCCUUCUCCAGCCUCUGUGUUGGAGGUGCUGAGGAUUCAGUGGCCAACAACACACGGAGCCAGCAGGGCUUUGUGGGCUGCCUGGAAGACCUGCAGGUGGAUGCAGAAGCCGUGCUGCCGGCGGAUCUGCCGCUGGGAGAGUCGUCCGUGGUGCGGCCGGGCUGUGACCGCACAGAGUGGUGCCUCUCCCAGCCCUGCCUGCACGGGGGGCUCUGCGUGGACCUCUGGGCGACCUUCAGGUGUGACUGUGCCAGGCCUUACGGAGGCCCAGCUUGCUCACAUGAGCGCCCAGCAGCCACCUUUGGCCUCGAGAACUCCACCAGCUUUGCCUCUUUCACCCUUUUUGACAGCCUUGGUGCAGACUUCAACAUCUCCUUCUUCCUGCGGAGUCGGAAGCCCCACGGUUUGCUCCUGCAGAUCGGGAACCAAACGGGCCCCGGCCUCACCAUCUACCUGAGGGACGGCCAGCUGAGGGUGGAGGUGCCACCCGCGGACACUGUCACCUUUCCAGAGGAUGUGGUUGAUGGCAGGAGACAUUUGGUAGCUCUGUCUUUCCAAGGAGGCACUGUUGGUGCUCAGCAGUGGGACACACACGUGGAGCUGGGACAGCUCGUGGCACAGCCUCUGCCAGCUGGUUCUGAAGUGUUUAUUGGGGGCCACCCGGACCCAGACACUGCUGAGCUGUGGGGGGGCUACUUCAAGGGCUGUUUGCAGGACAUCCAACUCAACAACCACCAGAUACAGUUUUUCCAGGCUGAGAACUACAGUGUGCUACAGGAACUCAACGGGACCCAGACUGCAAACCUUGUGAAUGGCUGCAUCUCCGAUGACACCUGCAAGUCUGAGCCAUGUCAGAAUGGUGGCAGAUGCAUUGUCACUUGGAAUGAUUUCCAUUGCAGCUGUCCAGCAAAUUUCACUGGGAAAUUUUGUGAAGAGAGAGUCUGGUGUGAAAGUGACCCUUGUCCUGAAGCCACCACCUGCGUAGACGUUGUAGCAGGAUAUGUGUGUCUGGCUAAUGCAACAUUUAAUAGUAACUCUGCCAUUGAAUUUACCACCAACACAUCAGUGACCCUGAGCAGCUUCCACAUGGAUUUCAGGACCAGGGAUGAAGAUGCUGUUUUGCUCUGGGCUGUGGAAGAGGUGGAUUCCCUGCAGGUGGCCAUCAGGAACUCCUCCCUGCUUGUGACCAUCAGGAGUGGGAACAGCAUCGAGGGUGUCACCUUCCAGAGCCCGCAGCCGGUCACGGACGGGGCCUGGCACUCCAUCUCCGUGUCCAUGGAGGAGCCGGCUGCGCCCUCCUCCCGCUGGCUGCUCCGGCUGGAUGGGGCAGGGAACGUGACCCUGCAGGGCAGCGCCGGGAACUUGGACUUCCUCAAGAACAACGUUCUGGUCGUGCUGGCCGAGAACUUCACGGGCUGCCUGGGGCAGGUGCAGAUCGGGGGGCUGUACCUGCCCUUCCCGGCCCCCCGGCCGUACCCCCAGCCCGAGCAGUUCCUGCAGGCCGGGGGUGGCCCCGUCCCGCUGGGCUGUGCCGGGGCCGACGUCUGUGCCUCCAGCCCCUGCCUGCACGGGGGCACCUGCCACGACCUCUUCGACGCCUUCCGCUGCGCCUGCGGCGCGGGCUGGGGGGGGCGGCGCUGCCAGGACAACCUGGACGACUGCCAGCCCAGCCCCUGCGUCCACGGGGACUGCAGGGAUGCCGUGGCAGACUUCCAGUGCGAGUGCUUCCGGGGCUUCAUCGGGAAGAGGUGUGACAUCAACGUGGAUGACUGUGUGCGGCACCAGUGCCUGAACGGGGCCACCUGCGUGGACGGGGUGUACGGCUACUCCUGCAAGUGCCCCCCGCAGUUCUCGGGGCCGCGCUGCGAGUGGCCGUUCCCACCCCAGCAGUGUGGCAAGAACUUCACGUGUCUGAACGGCGGCCGGUGCGUCACGGAGAGCUGGGGAGCCAACUGCUCCUGCAGGCCCGGCUUCACCGGCAGGAACUGUCAAAUCAAUAUCAACGAGUGUGAGCCCAACCCGUGCCAGAACGGGGGCACGUGCCAGGACUCGGAGAACAGAUACGAGUGUGUGUGCAGCGCCAGCUACACCGGCGAGCGCUGCGACAUCAACAAAGGGACUCCAGGUGCUCUCUUCCCCUCCCCACUAAUUGAAGUAGCUGUCCCUGUAGCCUGUGGCUCUUUGCUGCUCCUCAGCAUUGGGCUCAUAUUCAUGAUUCUCACGGCAAGGAAGAGGCGCCAGUCCGAGGGGACCUACAGCCCGAGCCAGCAGGAGGUGGCAGGAGCUCGGCUGGAGAUGGACAGUGUGCUAAAGGUGCCACCCGAAGAGCGGCUAAUUUAGGCCCUGCCGGGACAAGGAGAUGCACCUGCAAGGUCUGCUCGGACCUUGAGCUCUUCCCAGCAUUGCAGCAGCAGAUCCACCCCAUCCCAGUUUCCUUAAGGCCUGGGCACGACGACAUGGACGUUCCAUACGAGGCAGCCGCUGCCUGAGGGAGCUGCCCCGGCCACCCCGGGGCUCCCAGGGAGCCUCUGCCCUCCCUCCUGCCCGGCCCUGGGCACGGGGCAGGUGCUGGAGUUGCUCUGGCUCCAUCCACUGCCAGGCAGGGGUGGCCCCGUUCAAUCUGCUUCCCAAGGCAGGGAGGAAGGAGCCCUGGGCAGGCUCAGCUCUGGGCCCCGCUCAGGAGCUGUGGGGAGGGGGCUCACGGCUGGUUUGUGGAACUGCUCGGCCUUUGCCAACAGCUGAGAAACACUCCCAACUCUUUCAGCUCAGGUGUGUGAGGUUCUCAGUCUUCAACAGCAACAGCAGCUGUGACCUCCUGCCCUGUGACAGCCCCUGUGUUACAGGGAAUUGUCAGGAAUUACAGCAGUCCUUGUACAAAUCCAUGUGGGAUGACGUGGUGCUGUUAGACAUUCCCACGGUACCGUGCAGGGAAGGUGCAGGCAGCGCUCCGGGGCCUUGGGGCAGUGCUGGAGCUGCCACGUGCUGGACUCUGGGGGGGGGGUGUGGAGGGGAGAGGGGAGCAGGAAAAGGGUCACCAGCCUGCCCUGCAUUCCUUGGGCCCUGUGUGACAGGAGGGGACAGGGAAGGGGGGAGCUCCUGGCCUGCAGAGCUGUCGGUGCAGCUGCAAGGGAGGUGCUGGGCCUGGGGCUGAGGGCGGUGAGAGGCCGUGAGGGGAAGCUCUGAGUAACUCCCUGUUC